UUUACCAGUCUGCCUUCAGAUAGACCACCCGGGUGGAGCACGGACACUGAAGCUGACUAGACUCUAUUUGGAGAUUUCAUACAAGCUGGACAGAAACUUAAACUUCAGCUGAGAUCUUCAUGUCUGUUGGAUUAGUUUGAUUUUAGAUGGUUGGAUUUUUGUUGGGAGCAUCUUGUUCCAUUAGGUCAUACAACUGAGACUUCCUCUGCCCUGUUUGACUUUUUUUUCUGUUAUAUUCACUACUGUAGUGGAACAACAUUCCUCUUUGAAUGCUGAGGUCAGUGGUUGACCCUCAGAAGAGAGGAGGUGAAGUGGUAACCAUGUGGAUUCCAACGCCCAGUAUGACGCUCCCUCAGCGGAUGGUGCUGUACGGGACAUGUGUCGUGGCACUGAUGAACUCUGUAGGCCUUUUGGUGCUCUUGGUCCAGCAGAAUCAGCAACGUGCCAGGCUGGAGCAGACAGAGACACGGCUGACGGAGGUGGAGCAGAGCUCAGUGGUGGAGUUUUUUCAGGAGGUGCCUAGAGGAGCAGCAGGGCUGCGGGCGAGUGUGGGGGGACAUCCACAAUAUCAGUACCAGUACUCAAGGAACAAGAGGAGUGAAGAACUGGAAAAGGAGCUACAGCAGGAGCUUCACCAGGAGGAGGGGAAGGAGAUCAGUGAGCAGGAGGCCAGCCAGGAGGUAGGAGAGGAAAGAGAGAAGAAGACAAAGAAUGAGAAGCACAAGUACCGGCACAGCCAGCACUACCACAAGGCACAAGUGCAGGACGACAUGAUGAUGAUGAUGACUUACUCCAUGGUUCCCAUCAAAGUGUUGAUUGACAUUUGCAACAGCACCAAGGGAGUCUGCAUAGCUGGCCCUCCAGGUCCACCUGGUUUGCCUGGUGCAGAUGGCUUGCCUGGAUACAAUGGGACUGAUGGCAUCCCUGGACUGAAUGGACCGCCUGGGGCCGACGGGAAAAGAGGAAGAAAAGGGCCACCAGGUGAGAAAGGAGAACCAGGAGAAAAAGGAGAGCCAGGAGAACCCGGACCACCCGGAGAGAAGUCCCAACCAUCCAAUGACGUCAUUACUGAGGGUCCUCCUGGUCCUCCAGGACCUCCUGGGCCCAUGGGUCCUCCUGGCCCCCCUGGACCUCAGGGGCCUCCCAGAACAAGGCACCACAGAGCCCACCUGCAAGCUGCUCAUAAUCUGGGGCUGCUGCACGCAGUUCCAAAUGAUGAAACCUCACCUGUAAUAGAGACUGCAAAACUACUCGAGAAGCCUGCCAAGAACGAGUGCCUGAUUAAGUCUCUGAUCAACCUCAGAAAUGUGACAAAGAUGGAAACCACAUUUGGCACAUGGAUGAAAGACACCGCUCAUCUGAACGAUGAGCGAGUGUGGGUGGCAGAACACUUUUCUGGCCGUGUGGUGAAGGAGUAUAAAAGCAUUUCCUCCUUCCAGAACAGCAGCGGUGACACUGUGGACGUCAGAAAGUUCUACCAAGGCUGCGGCCACGCCGUCCACAAUGGUUCCUUCUAUUAUCACGUCGCUGGGACUCCCAGCAUUGCCAGAUAUGACUUCAGUACCAAAAGACUUCAGACUCUCACUAUAGAAAACUCUUUGUACCACAAACUUGCCUAUCUGCUCCAUAACUCUAAGACCUACUUCAAGUUGGCAGUGGAUGAGAACGGCCUGUGGCUGAUCUUUGCGUCCAGCGUAGACGAGAGCAUCACUGUGGCCCAGCUGGACCAGAAGACCUUCUCCAUCACAUCCUACAUAAACACCACUUAUCCUCGCACCAAAGCUGGCAACGCCUUCAUUGCCUGUGGCGUCCUGUAUGUCACCGACACCAAGGACACCAGAGUCACCUUUGCGUUUGAUCUGCUGAAGGGAAAGCCGGUCAAUGUGACCUUUGACCUGAGGUCUGCUGGUGGAGUACUGGCAAUGCUCUCUUACAGCCCAAAGGACAGACACCUGUAUGUUUGGGACCACAGCUACAUCAAGCUCUAUGUGGUCUGCUUCAUCACUGAUGAGUGAAAAACAUGCUGUCCAAACACGACACACAGACGUGACCAUGCCGCAAACACUGAGAACAAAAUGCCUGCAGACUACCAGCUGUUCAGUGCAUCAGGAAGCCGAUAACACGAGAGCGACACACUGCAUGUGCCACUGAUUUAUUGCCCCGUUACUUUCGUGUCACAUUAAAUUGUAAUUGACUGUUAAACUGUCACUGAAGGAAACCUAUUUUUGGUUAAAUAAGUGCUGUAUUUAUAUCAAGCUCUCAAAAAGACGUAAGAUUUUCUAACAGUGUGAAAACUUAUCAUUCUGUAUCAGUUGACAGUUUAUUCAAAACAAACCCAUAACUUUUGUGGUGAUUUGUGUUAUAAGUUGACUUUAUUGCAUUUGCAUGGUGGUCACCUUUGAUGGAUUUUUACACAGACGUACUAGUGACCCCCCCCCUUUCUGUACAUAUACACAAUCCAACUGUAUUUAUAAGGAAGCAGCGCAGCCCCCUGACUGCUUAAUCCUCUGGAUAGAAGACAAUUUAAAAAAAAAAAAAAAAAAAAAAAAAAAAACAGCACCAAAUCACCCCGAUGAAAUAAAAAUCAUUUAUUCACUUUACAAAGAUAAAACUGACUAUGACCUGUUCCUAUGACCUUUAGGCUCAUGUGCCCUAAAAAGCCUCGACCUAUAAUAAUGGCUUCUUUUGCAUUGUUGCAUGCGCGCGCGCGCGCGCACACACACACACACACACACACACACACACACACACACACACACACACACACACACACACACACAAGACACCAGUGGGACCAUUGGUAAAACACUUAGAUGCAUACAGUACACAUAGAGGGCAGAGAGAGGGAGAGAAACACAAAUCUCUUUAAUAAAUACCAUACAUACACUUAACAAAAGUUACAACUAAUCCAACUGUAUGAUACAAACCAAAAAUAAAGGAAUGCCUUCAUGUUUGUACAAGGUUGUUGUGAUAGUUCAUAUAUAUAUUUAUAUUUAUAUAAUUUAUAUAAUAAAACUAUUUCAAACGUUUUACUAGUAGGCCAAAUAAAGCCAGACAUUCAUUUGUAUAUAACAGUUUCCUCUUUAAUAACCUAUUUAUUGGAAAUAAAAUUUUAGUGUCUCCAGAAUUUGAGUGCAAAUAUCUAUUCCUUAUGGAUGAAACAGUAAAAACAACUAGUGAGGUAACAUAGACUUACAUACAGUAGACUGUUGCACAUCUCCCAGUCAGAUACAGUAAAACCCCUUACAUUCCUAAAAUAAAAGGCAAUAAGUUAAAUGGUUUCACAAAGGAACGGUAAACCAAAUGAACACAAACAUAAAUAAUUUAAAUAAUAAAAUCAACUCAAUUAAAAAAAA